ACAUAGAUGUAAAUGUCCUCUUUAUUUCGUCCUGCAGGGGAGCAGGGACAAUAUGAGUGUGGUGGUGGUGUGUUUACCCGGCGCUCCCAAGAUAUCGGAGGAGGCUGUGAAGAAAGAAGAGGAAUUGGAUAAGUACCUGGAGACCCGUGUUGAGGAGCUACUGGGGAACUGUGGAGAGGCGGGAGUCCCUGACCUGGUGUCUGUCCUGAGGAGCAUUGCCACAGAGAACAUCCCCAACCUUCCACCUGGCGGAGGCCUGGCCAGCAAACGGAGUGUGAUCGAGGCGGUGUACAACAAGCUGAACCCUCACAGAGAAGAGGAAGGGGCCUGUGCGGGGGGAGAGGAGGAGAGUGAGGAGGGAGGUGGCAGCACGGCGGCUCAUCUGCUGGAGGCUCUGCGGCAGUUCCGCCUGCACCACCGGGGGCAGUACCACUCGGUGCUGGAGGAGUCCCUGGCCACCUACCACCUGCGGGGGGAGAGCACUGCGGAUGGACCAGGGGAAGGCAGGAGGACCUCCGAUGACGACAGGGAUGGCCAGCAGCAGCCCGCCUCCCCUCCCUCUCCCCCCUCGCCCCCGCCCUCACCCGCCACUGCAAAGCCGGAGGCCAGCAAAGAUGCGCCCGCCCCCGAGUCCGAUCCCUCCUCUGACUGAGCACCCCCUCUCCAUACCUACCUUCCCACCCGACCCCAAAGCUCUAGUCCAAAGUGCUUUGAUCUCUCCUCCUCUUUCCUUUAUCACAGAACUUGAAUAGACACAUCGGCCACUUCCGGCUCUAUCAUGGGCUGCAAAUUUAGCUUCCAUUGCCAUUCAUGAAUAUUUUAGUAAUGUAAUGGAAAUAAAAAUGGCCCCUCUGUCUAUUCAAGUUCUGUCUCCAAGCCACAUAUAUACCUUCCUCCUUUCUUUAGUUUCCCCUGUCCUUUGAUCACCUCAGCUUGGAUUCCCAAACUUGUCAGCCACUUUUACAACCUGAUCCCACAGACUGAUGUUUACCAUUAAAAAAAUAAAUAAAAAUCAAUAAGAAAUUAUUAUUAUGUGCAAAAGUGGCUGGUGAAGUAAAAAUAGACCUUGCACUCCAUGGCCUACAUCUACCAUUAUUGGCUUCUGGCUGAUUUCCGACUUGACCCCACCACACACACAAACACACAAACACACAAACACACAAACACACAAACAAACACACACACACACACACACACACACACACACACACACACACACACACACACACACACACAAACACUCACACCUGCUUACAGUGGACAACCUGACAAAGAAAAGGAGAGGAGACCCUCUGAACCGCAGCUGUGUUCAACACACUGCUCUCCAGGCCUACUCCAUCUACAGACUCGGAACACAUUCUUUUGCGUUGAUGUAUGUAUGUGUGUCUGCAUGAGUUUGAGUGACGGAGAAAGAGACCAAUCAUCACUACUGAAAUUUGUGUUUUUGGUAGUGGGUGAUACUUGAUUGUGUUUGUUAGCUCAUUCAGCAAUGUUAGGUUUUCCAAACCAGUCUGGGUACUGAAAAACUGGGCAGUUUAACCACAGAGGGACACUUGUGUAGGUGGGUUAGUGGCUGUAUACUAGUAGUUUGAGCGGCAUUUCAUUUAAAUUGCUCCCUCACCACAUCUCACCAUAUGCCGAAUUCCACAUCACCACAUUUUAGUACGCGGCCUCACAGUCACCAACGAAGGGGUUCACAUUUGUUCCUGGUUGUUAUUCAGGUGGUUGUGAAUGUGUCGGUAGCACUCAAGUAUACUGGUACCAGGUGCAAAAGGGGCCAUGCAAGCAACGUGUUUAAAUUAAAAUAAGACUAAAAGUCUAUAGCCACGCUAGCAACCUUGUAAGGCUGUAAUGCACUUUACACACCACAAAUCAAAAUUAUUGGAUGGAUGAAAAAAGGAGAGAAACCUUCACUAUGGUGGUGCCAGGUGAAAAGGCAUAUAGUUUCAAAAUCAGACAUAUAGUAUGGUUCUCUACAUUGUGUGAGGUGGCUCAACUUUUGUAUUGUCAGUGUUAGCUGUAAACUGUUGUUAGCAAAUCACUGAUACUGUUCCAUAGAGAUGGUUCCAUAAAAAGCUCAGGGAAGUGGCUGUGCUCUACUCUUUAACCCUGGUUGGGUGGUUAAACAGACGUAUGUUUGCCAAAACAACCAGUAAGUCAUCAUUCAUGAGGUCCUUUCUCUUGUUAAACCCUUCCGAUAUAGCAAAAAUCAAAGUUUUGUGUUGCUUGUCAAAAUUUAUUUUCGGGUGAGCAAUGGACUAAUUGUUGCCCCUUGUGGCCAUUGGGAGAAAAUCACCCACUACAACCUGCGGCAGUAGUGGGCAGCCCAUUGCAGCUUUGCGCACAACAAUGAAAACUUACUUGGAAUAGCAACACAAAUGUGAGAUGUAUCCUUUAUCAGAAGUUUGUAUUAUCGCGUUUACAAAGCUGAGGUUAAGUGCUGCUAUUUUGACGAAGUAAAUCUUACACAGAUGUAAGUUGAGCAAAGUCAAACUGUGUAGAGCUGAAGCUGAGAAGAUGAAAUAAAAUAAAAAAAAUCACUGUAAAUAUGAUUAAUGGUCUUGCUUUAGGUAACAAUAUGACCUUUCUUUAGCAGACACCCUCAGUCUAACACUUUUUUUUUUUUUUUUUUUAAACAUACGGCCGGCAUUACAUUCCUAAAGUCAUACUGCUAGCGUGGCUUAAAAGAUCAUAGCAUUGAAUCCACUGUAGGCAUUCAGCGUCCAACAUUAAGCACCUCUACAAUCGUUUAUACCUGGACAACAGUGGGUUAUGUGUGAGAUGGUUGUGUAUCUGUAAUCGGUUCCCACUGCUCAUGCCGACAGUCGCUGGUAUUAACCACGGCAGGAUGUGUUUCAGCUUGAUAAAAUCCCACACACAGUAUAUUUCAUUCCUCACAGGUUAUGACAUUGUCUGUUCAGAACAACACAAUCUGAAACUCUUGCCUCAUUGUGAAAGUUUAAUUUGAACAGACUGAACCUACAGUGCUCAUUCUUCUUUGAAAGCAGGUAGAGGGAUGUUGUCUAAGUCUGUAUAAAGCCCAGUUCCCAGUGACCCUGGUAAUGCAUGCACUGCACUUAUCUUUUCAAUAUCUAAGGCACUUAACUAUCAGAGGGGAGGUUAUGCUCAACACUGUGCGUAUGUAUGUAUGUAUGUAUGUAUGAGUUGUAUUUGUAUGCGGUUACAUGGGCCAAAUUAGUCCCACACAGUUAAUAUGACAAAUGAACAAAUAAAAAUGAUUUGAGGUAUAAUGCUAUGAUUUGUGUCAAGUGUAUGAGUAUUUGUGGAUGUAAUCUGACUGUAAGGCUGCGUUUCUUGUCUUUUGGUCCUGUCCUUUUGGACCUUGCAAAUGUGCAGGGUUGGGAUUAGAGAUACAAAAAGAAAUCUCUGACAGAAUCCAAGGUAAAGUGGUGGCAUUUGAUACAGGACCAUUUCCUGAAACUGAAAGUGGGAUUUUUCGUUGUCUCAGUUUUAUUUAAUGUGUUGUAAAUGUUUCUGUUUAGGCUGUGUAGUUUUCAGCUCAAGCAGAAAAUAAAUCCUCACCUUCCUUUCCCUCCCCUGCCAGCUUUUAACUCUAGCCUUGACUCGUAAUUUCAUCUCAGAUGCUGCCUAAAGACAUUUUAAUGUCUCCUUUUAAAACAAUAGCCGCAAAAUAAAUUGCUGCAUUGCAUGAGCUGGCGGCGAUGAGAGGAGGGUGAGCUGCGUAGAUUAUAGGGACUCCAUUCUCUCCAUUUCUCCCCUGUUUUUCAGUCUGACACUUGGCCUUGAUUCUCUGCAAGGUGAGUCAUCCCAGGUCUGGGUUCUGGUUGUGUUUUAAAGUACAGGCUGGUCAGGGGAAUGUCCCGGUCUUUCACCAUUAUCCAUUCAAUUUGAGUAGAUAAAAAGAAGGCAGUGAGGUUCAAAGUUUGCCAUUACUUAAGGCACCAGGAGCAGUAUGUUAACUUCUGUGUGCAGGAAAAGGCGCAUGAACAAAAAAAAACCUAACCCACAGCUCUCUCUAUCUUUUCCUUUUUACUCCCCCAGAGUGCCGGUGAGCUGGAAGACCCCUGGUAGCUGUGGCAAAGACCCCCGUCUCCUCCUGGUGAUCGGUGCAUCUGCCCAGAGGAGGAGUGUCUCUCCAUUGCGACAUGUCUUUCUCCACUAAAGGAGGACAUGUGGUGUGUGUUGGAGUGAGUGAGUGUGCGUAUGUUGGUUGUGUGUGUGUGUGUGUGUGUGUGUGUGUGUCCGCGUGUGUGUCUGCAGCAGUGGGACAAAGACGACAACAACAACAACAACUACAACUACACACAUGCAUACUGCUUUAAACCUGGAGGAAAACAAAAAUCAAUUUUCAGAAAUGUCAAGAUUUUAUGACCUGAAGCAUUGUGAUGGUAGAGAUGAUUAUUUUUUUUUUUAACCAUUGAGGUGUUUUUUUUUUUUUUUUUUUUUUUUUUUCUUGAAUGUUGACAGAACACCUGACUUCACAAUGACUUAAGGACCUAUAGUGUGUGCGUAUGUUUGUGUGUGCGUGAGAGUGUUUGUGUGUGAGUGUUUUGAGGAGGGCCAAGAGAAGACGGAUGGUGGAUAAAGACUUUGUAUGUAACUCUUCUUCUGGACUUUUAUUUUUUUGUGCUCCUGGGUCUGAUAUUUGCCUAACACCUUUGCUUCUCCCCUCUUAAAAGACACACACUCUCUCUCUUCUCUCUCUCUCUCUCUCUCUCUCUCUCUCUCUCUCUCUCUCUAACACACACAGACACACCAUGAAAAACCAUAAACACCCCUCACCCACUUCCACCUGUGCACGUAUGUGAUGUGCCACCUUCGCAGGGCACUGCAUGAGGACUUUGGUUCUACAUGUACAGCUACGUGGUUUUCUAGUCGACCCGGAUGGACAUCCAUUGGUGGAGACUAACUCAACCCGAAAGACCUCUGCAUUCUGAUUGGCUCCUGCCGUGUGAGAAGUGGAAAUGAUUUGGAUUUUAUUUGUUUUGUUUUUUGUUGUUGUUGUUGUUGAUACUAUUAGGAUGAUGACGAUGAUAAUCACGAUGGGGGGGGGGAUGGGAGGUUAACUAGUUCACUGAAGAGCCGAGUGCAAGUUGGACUCAUGGAGCGGGGGGGGGGGCGGGUGGGGAUUGGGGCUGUUGUAUCACUGGUUGGAUUUCCUGUAGGAGGAGGGUUAGGGCAGGGGGGUUGUGGAUCAAACAAGCUUCCCCACCUCCCUCCCCACCAUCAUUGUUGGAAGUACACAUGACGGCGGACUGUCCCGACAGAGGAAAGUUUUUAUUUUUUUUUUUUUUUUUUUUAUGUUGUCCAUAAGGUUACUAGCUGCUCGGUAUGUAGAGUGAGUGAACUCCCUGUUUUAACCCUGUUCCUGGUUCUCAGACUGCAUUGGUAAUGUUUGUAUUGCUGUUGUUUGAUUGCACUCACAUUUGAUUACAGAAAGCGUCUAUAUAUGAAAUAAAAUACCUGCCAAGGA